AUGUCCAACUCCUCAUCUUGUUGCGUCUUUGAGUCCCCUAUCUUAGUCCAAGUCGUACCUCCUGUACUUAUUUUAGAGGUCACUUUUGGCCUGACAGGGAACGUUCUGGCCCUCAGCAUGUUCAUUUUUCAUGUGGAAAGCUGGAAGCCGAACUCCAUCUACCUAGCUAACCUGGCUAUGGCCGACUUAGUGGAGGUUAUCUGCCUGAUCUUCAGAGCCGACUACUUCAUCAGGGGCCAGAACUGGAUAUUCGGUGAUGUCCCCUGCCGCAUGUUGCUCUUCCUCGUAUCGGCCAACAGGGCAGCCGGCAUCUUCUUCCUCACUGCCGUGGCUGUGGACCGCUACCUGAAGAUCGUGCACCCACUACAUCGUCUAAAUAGGAUGAACCUGAGUUACUCAGUGUGGGUCUCUGCAGGUUUAUGGGCUUUGGUAAUAGUUUUUACCGGUCAGUUGCUGGGGUCGCCGCACUUUUUUAGUAUCAACAACCACACCCAGUGUGAGCCCUUCAACGUAUGCUUGAACGUCAGUCCACUUUCCAUCUGGCAAAAUGCCUUCUAUGUGAUCCAGUUCUGUGUGCCAGGUAGCAUCAUCAUUUUCUGCACAAUCUGCAUUAUAUGGCAGCUGAAAACAAAAACAAUGGACUCCACAGGCAAGAUCAAAAAAGCCGUCCAGUUCAUUGUCAUCGUUGCCAUGGUUUUCCUCAUCUGCUUCUUCCCAAGCACUGCCAUACGCGUCGCUAUUUGGAUCCUGCAGAUCUGGUACAAUGAGUGUCCACAUUUCAGUACGGCCAAUAUGGCUUUUUUAAUUACAGUCUGCUUCACCUAUUUGAAUUGUGUGCUAAACCCUGUGGUUUACUAUUUUUCCACUCCAGCAUUCAGUGGUGUCAUACAAAAAUAUUUUAGGAGGCUUAUGGGGAAAAACGUAGAGGAAGCCCAUGGGAACAGCACUGGGGUUACAGCAGAAAGUGAAUAA